AUGGCAAAAUGCAACGGCAAGCGGCCUCAAUGCGGCUUCUGCACACAAUACAACCAGCCAUGCCACUACCUGGAAGAUAGGCGGCAGUUCAGCCGGCCGACAAAGGCGGAGAUUCAAGGGAAAGAUGAAGAGAUCAACUCAUUGAGGCUGCUGGUCAAGACGUUGAGGGAGACUGAAAGUCUUGAGGAUGUUAGAAAUAUCCUGGGCCAGCACCAGCGAAUGGUACACGGUGACCCCACGGAUGAUAUUACCGACAGCAAUGAGGCCUGCGAGAGCCUGAUUAACGACCGCGUCACAAGGAAUGAGGCACCGGCAAGGGUGUUAGGCGCAAGUGGGACAACAAGAAUCCCUGGAGCAUCAGAUAGAGCCAUUCCAUUCCCAUCACACCAUCCCUCGACCGAAUCGGAAAGAGUGGUAACCACCUUCUCGGCGCACGGUGCUUUUCCUUCAGCCAUACCAGAGAUACGGCCCCAUGACGAAGGUCACGCAGCGACGCGACGCUACAGAUCUGUUGAAGCUGAGUGGAAUCACCGCGCCACGUCGAUACCCCCCGAAACCCCAGAUCAAAGCCGCCAUCAAGAAGAUGAUCAAGAAGCAGAAGACAGCCCGAUAUUCCACGGACCCUCCUCCGCUAUGCACGAGCUCUCCAACCGCGGCGACGGCACCCUUCCCGAGCAUUCAAACUUCAUCGGUUUCGGCCCCUACCACCGAUAUUCCGUCCCUUCCCAAGAAGGCACCUCCGCUUCGCGCCUCGCCAGUGCCUCCAGCGACACGAGGCUUGCAUCGAGAGAUUCUGACGACGACACUCUCACUCCUGAAGUUCAAUCGAUCAUUUCCCAACUCGUUGCUCAUGCCGCGCUGCAACGACAUCGUGAGGUGGCUCAUCUGUACGAACGACGAUUCGACUUCGACGGCCUCGACCCUGAGAUGGCAAUGCAUUUCUUCGAUCUGCACUGGAACCGUCCUCAUCUCUCAUACCUGAUUACUUACCGUCCAGCGGUGAUGGACAGCCUCGCAAACAAUGGCCCGUACAUCAAUAAACUCCUCCUCAACGCCAUAUAUUUUGCCUCUGCCACGUACAGCGAACGGAGUAUCUCGUUGCGGAGGGACAAAGAUGACCCGCAGACUGUUGCUGCCCAAUUCCUUGACCGGUUCAGAGAGUGCCUGCAAGAGGAAGGGAUCGAAACUCCCAGUGUACCUUCCAUAUGUGGCCUGAUCCUCAUGGGCACCGCCCUGGUGUCGAUUGGGAAGACCUCACCGGGAUGGGUAUACUGUGGCAUUGCGUAUCGGAUGGUAAUCGACCUUGGAUGCCACCUGGAAAAGUCGUCACGCAGCAGCAACGGCAACUGCGGUCAUUUGACAGCAUUGGAUAUCGAAAUCCGGAAGCGUGUAUUCUGGACCGCGUAUGCCAACGAUAAAGUCCAGAGUCUCUAUUUGGGACGACCGUGCUGCUUGCAGGUGUCUGAGAGCGACGUCAGUAAGAGACUCCUCGACACCUAUGAAGAGACCGAGCCCUGGAAACCGUACAUCGAUCCGCUCUAUUCCUCCAGCCCGACCUCAAAGCUUCUCGCGGCGUACGUCCCACGGCCCACAUAUGCGGUCAGCACGUUCCGGGCACUUCUCGACCUGGCGGAGAUUGCGGAGAUGCUCAUCAGUUCGAUAUAUGCGGUUUCAUCUUUGAAGAUGGCUGAAGAAGACAGAGUGAGGGCGUUUGAACGCAUCGCCGAAGCAUUAGAAACAUGGGAAAGGAAGCUGCCGGUACACCUCAGAAUAGAAGAUGAUCACCCAGCACCACCACAUCUUCUUACCUUGCAUACUACCUAUUUCGCGUUGAGGAUUCUUCUCCUGAGGCCAUUCUUUCCAGGGGGGCACCUCUACCCUACCACAAUCACCACUAUCCCUUCAUCCGACCGUACUUCCAGACUCACUUCAACGAGAACGUCGCCCCCACCCCAACAAGCCCCUUCAGACUUCCUUACCGCCGCUCGGCUCGAUUGCUACUCGGCAGCCCUGUCCAUCCGCGCUCUUGUCACCUCCUACCGUCGCUCCUUCACCCUAGGUCGAGCUCCGAUCCGCUUGUCAUAUUGCAUACUUAACGCCGUCAUGGUGUUUAUGCAGGAUGCCCAAAGGAGUAAAGAUCCGAGUAGGAACGUGGAGGAGAUCAGAGAUUGCUACGAGGCGUUGAAGGAAACCACCCCAGCAAAUUUGGGGCUCAGGAAGCCCUUGAGGAUCAUGAGGGGUCUGGUGCAAUAUUUGGGGCUCGAACAAGAUACAGCCCCGGAGCAAGUUCGAGCAGUGAGUGGUGGAUUGGGGAGAGCGGGUUCAGACGGAGACACAGGGCAUGGACAGCUGAACGCGGGGGGGAGUAAUAACCCACGCACGAGGGACAUUCUUUCCGCCUCCUUUCCGCCUCCUAGCAACAACCCUGGCGUCCCUUAUUCGUCCCACUCACAUACUCGCCAGGUGGUACAUCCAAGUCACAGCGAAGUAGGUGGAGGAACCAGACAAACUCUGAGCCAUCCACUGCCAGCACCCCAGCCUAUGGACUUCUCUAAAGGAGUGCAAGGGACUGAUGGUGCGGGGUCCCAUGGAUCAGAGGAGAACGAAGACUGGAACAUGGACUGGAGUUGGAAUACCGGGCUUGAUGGGUUCGGGUUGUACGACGACGACGAUUUCUUUGGGAUACUCCAGCCGAGUGCGAGCUGA